UUUCUCAUCCACAUUCUUCUCAAACUGGCCCACAAACAUGAGAUAAAUAGCACAAUUUUAAAUGACCCAAUGAAGGGAUUUUUAAAAAUUAAUAUGCAAGCAGUCUCUAAGAUCUUUUCAAAUAACGAAACAGCAAAUUCCUCGUUGAGAAAUCAUGACAAACCCUCUUACUGGCACAGCUGCCAGCAAUUCCUUUUAUGGCUAAUGAGUCACUGCUUUAGUUAAUACUUUCUGUUUCAUAUUAGUUCAUUCCUUUGCAGAGGUUACCUCUUUUUCUUGUCUUUCAUCAGGUCUCUGAAGAAAAUCUGGGAAGCCCCGGACAUUGGAGGGGCAAAGUGAAAGCUCACAGUUACUGAGAGAAAAAAGACGGAGAAAGCAAUGCUGCCAAAUUCAGAAGAAAAGAGAGGAGGAUAAGAAUCAACUUUCACAUUGAAGCAACCUUCUUUCCAACUCUAAAGGAUUUCUGAUUUAGAAGGGAACACCACCCUGGACAUGGCUCCAGAGAUUCACAUGGCAGGCCCAGUGAGCCUCAUUGACAACGUUGAAGGGCAACUGGUGGUGAAUCCAGAAGCUCUGAAGAUCCUGUCUGCAAUUACGCAGCCUGUGGUGGUGGUGGCGAUUGUGGGCCUCUACCGCACAGGCAAAUCCUACCUGAUGAACAGGCUGGCUGGGAAGAACAAGGGCUUCCCUCUGGGCUCCACAGUGAAAUCUCACACCAAAGGAAUCUGGAUGUGGUGCGAGCCGCAUCCCAAGAAGCCAGGACACACCCUAGUUCUGCUCGACACUGAGGGCCUUGGAGAUAUAGAGAAGGGUGACAAUGAGAAUGACUCCUGGAUCUUUGCCCUGGCCAUCCUCCUGAGCAGCACCUUCGUGUACAAUAGCAUGGGAACCAUCAACCAGCAGGCCAUGGACCAAUUGCAUUAUGUGACAGAGCUGACAGAUCGAAUCAAGGCAAACUCCUCACCUGAUAACACUUAUGUAGAAGACUCAGCUGACUUUGUGAGCUUUUUUCCAGCAUUUGUGUGGACUCUUAGAGAUUUCUCCCUGGAGCUGGAAACAGAUGGAGAACCCAUCACUCCCGAUGACUACCUGGAGCUUUCGCUGAAGCUAAGAAAAGGUACUGAUAAAAAAAGUAAAAGCUUUAAUGAUCCUCGUUUGUGCAUUCGAAAGUUCUUCCCCAAGAGGAAGUGCUUCAUCUUCGAUCGGCCCGCUCGGAGGAAGUACCUUGCUCACUUGGAGCAGUUGAAGGAGGAAGAUCUAAACCCUGAUUUCAUAGAACAAGUUGCAGAAUUUUGUUCCUACAUCCUCAGCCAUUCCAAUGUCAAGACUCUCUCAGGUGGCAUCACAGUCAAUGGGCCUCGUCUAGAGAGCCUGGUGCUGACCUAUGUCAGUGCCAUCAGCAGCGGGGAUCUGCCCUGCAUGGAGAAUGCAGUCCUGGCCUUGGCCCAGUUAGAAAACUCAGCCGCAGUGGAAAAGGCUGUUGCCCACUAUGACCAGCAGAUGGGCCAGAAGGUGCAGCUGCCCACGGAAACCCUCCAGAAGCUGCUGGACCUGCACAGGGACAGUGAGAGGGAGGCCAUUGAAGUCUUCAUGAAGAACUCUUUCAAGGAUGUGGACCACAAGUUCCAGAGGAAAUUAGGGGCCCAGCUGGAAGCAAAGCGAGAUGACUUUUGUAAGCAGAAUUCGAAAGCAUCAUCAGAUUGUUGCAUGGCUUUACUUCAGGAUAUAUUUGGCCCUUUAGAAGAAGAUGUCAAGCAGGGAACAUUUUCUAAACCAGGAGGUUACCGUCUUUUUAUUCAGAAGCAGCAGGAGCUGAAGAAUAAGUACUACCAGGUGCCGAGGAAGGGGAUACAGGCUGAAGAGGUGCUGAAAAAAUACUUAGAGUCCAAGGAGGAUGUGGCUGAUGCACUUCUACAAACUGAUCAGUCACUCUCAGAAAAGGAAAAAGCAAUUGAAGUGGAACAUAUAAAGGCUGAAUCUGCAGAAGCUGCAAAGAAAAUGUUGGAGGAAAUACAAAAGAAGAACGAGCAGAUGAUGGAACAGAAAGAGAAGAGUUAUCAGGAACAUGUGAAACAACUGACCGAGAAGAUGGAGAGUGCUAAGGCCCGGUUAAUGGCGGAGCAAGAGAAGACCAUCAAUUUUAAACUUAAGGAACAGGAACGCCUUCUCAAAGAGGGAUUCGAGAAUGAGAGCAAGAGACUUCAGAAAGAGAUACGAGAUAUCCAGAUGAGAGGCGUAUCAUCGGGCCCAACAUGUAACAUACUCUAAAAGUCCAAGGAGCAAAAUUUGCCUAUCCAGCUCCCUCUCCCCAAGGAACAAGGUGAAUGAGCAACUCCAGUGUGUCGAACAACUGCCAUUAAACUUAACUCAAAAUCAUGAUGUGAGCAUUUUUGUUGAACCAUAAAGUUUGCAAAGUGAAGGUU